AUGGCUCUCUCCGACACACGAAACUAUGUGCUUGCCAUCGAAAAUAACAAACUGGAAGCGGCCGAAAUAGCAAAGUCGGCCGCACAGAAACUCGAGAGUCGCCAGACGACGUUGAUUGAAGUCGUCCAGUCACUGGGCGAGUAUGUCAACGACGAGGAUGAAAAAAUCCGCGCCAGAGCCGUCUCCUACUUAGUCGCCGUCAUUUCCGCUUUGCCUCCGAAAUACCUGUCCAGACAACAAAUCCAGGUGCUUUCCCAGUUUUUCUGCGACCGCAUCGAGGAUGGAGGAGCAAUUGAAGGCUUGUCGAAGUUGCAGAGCCUCGAAAGAUUUACAAAUGAGAUGGUUCAAACAGUUGUGAGAGCAAUAUUCGAGCAUUUCACCGACUUGCAAGCACGGAAUCAGGCAGGCAGAUAUCAGAUCCUGCAGCUCCUGAAUGAGCUCCUAGAUCAACAUCGGAAAGCCGUAAGGGAUAUGAAGGAUGAGUCCCUCCUUGGUAUCACGGAUCUGGUGGCAGGCGAAAAAGACCCCCGGAAUCUGAUGUUGAUAUUCUCCAUGCUGAGGGUUCUCAUGGUCGAAUGGGACAUCAGGGACCAUGUACAAACCAUGUUCGACUCAGUAUACGCCUACUUCCCAAUCACAUUUCGUCCACCUCCAAAUGAUCCUUACGGUAUCACAGCUCAGGAUCUGAAAGACAGACUGCGUGAAUGUCUGUCUUGUACGGGAGUACUUGCACCGUACACUUUCCCCAAUAUGCUGGAUCGUCUCGAUUCGACCUCCGCCACAGUGAAGAAGGAUUGCUUGCAGACUAUGACCGCUUGUGCUAUAAACUACGACCCUGAAACACUCACCCAGUUCUCAAUACCACUCUGGGACGCCGUCAAAUUUGAGGUACUACAAGCCCAAGAGCCGGAGUUGGCCGAAGAAGCACUGCGUGUCUUGAAAGGUAUCGCAACCUGCUUAUCUACCGCUGCUAAUACCUCCCAAAACGCCAUAACAUCGUCUCUUCACCAGUACCUGAUGCCUAUCAACAAAGAAUGUCUGGAACAUCUCCAGGAGCCGGCAACACGGCAGUCAAAAGCUUCCGGGGACAUCCUCAAAGCAGUGUCGUCAGCCUCAGUACAAGCUUUUGAAAUUGUGGUCCAGACUAUUGGACCAGCCCUCUUAAACAUUUACCAGGCUUCGACGGGUUUGGUGCAACAGCGAGCGAUCUUGGAGAUUGCGAACCACUUGUUCGAGGCUGCCAUCGAAGUCUAUGGGUCUUGGACUGCUCCAAGCCCCAAAAAUCCUGAAGGAAGACAGAAUCUUGUCGGACACUUCAAGGACAAAUUUGUGGCCCUAUAUAGUCAGGCCUUGAUGGGGACGGUCAAGGAAGAGGUUUCAUUCCGGUUGACGGCUGCACAUGGGCUGCUGUUGGUCUCAAAGAUGAACGCGGUGCUUACAGAUGACGAAAUCGGACUUUUCGUCCAGUACUUCGAUGAUAUUGUCCUCAAGGAAGAGUCCUACGGUCGAGACGAACUAAAAAGGAAAGCCAUGGCAGCAUUGGCCGAAAUAUCUCAAUUCAAGCCUAAUUUGAUCUCCAACAUCACAUUCCCAGCUUUCAUGGCGCGCUUACCUGACUCUGAAGAAGGGGCACGUAUUAGCGAUCCCAGCUCCGUGCUUGAAGGACUGGCGGAGAUCAGCGUCGAGAAGGAGUUGCUGGGGACACUGAUGAGACGUCUCCUCAAUAAAUUGGACAUCCUUUUCAGCUCUAGUCGGGGACCGCCAUUUCCUUACACCUGUGAAAUUCUGGGCACAGUCCUGUACGUGUUGAAUCGAAGGGUUUCAGAACAGAAUGCAACAUUGGAUGCAUAUUUCGAACGCGUCGUCGUGACACUAUCCCGAAGGAUAUCAGACGUCAACCAGGGUCCUCUGGCGAAUGAGAACGUGCUGGACCUGCUCGGUCGAAUUAUGAACCUGAUCGUCCGACACUCUUCGAAAGAGGCAACCCAACAGACCGCAGAAAACUUCUACUCUUUGUUCAGCCAUUCAUCAAGUGGCGACGUACCUCAUAACCUAAUUACGUUAAUCAGCCAGCCUACACGAACCAUUUUAUCGACAUGGCUUUUGGCAGCUGUUCCCAAAGGCACGAUCUCUUCAUUACUUGUAAGAGACCAAGUAUGCCAAAGUAUCCAAAACUUGGUGUCAUUUGCUUCGAAUGCUCAAAGUCCAGCUGUCGCCCAAAGCUGUCAUUCUCAAGUUGCUCUCUAUGUCAACAAGCAUAUUUCAACGGUUGACCUUGGGUUUGUUGACCAUCUGGUCUCAGAGAAGUUAUUAGUGCUCAAGGAUGAACCUAUGGACGAGACCACAAAACCCGACCUUGACAUUCGUCUCCUCUUUUCUCUAAUCAAGGCUCUGAUACUCCGGCUUUCUCCAAGGACAAACGAGUAUCUGACCAAUCUCGUCGAGCUCUUGGACUCAAGGCAGUACCCCUACCAAGUGUCUCAGAGAGCAGCCAGGGGUUUCGCCACCAUCCUAGCAUCAGACGACAUUUUGUCCAAGGAGAAUGGAGCACAAAUUAGAUUGCUUGCUCCUCAGCGUGUCUUUCAGACGCUCACGCCAAUGAUCUCUGACAAAUUCAAAACAUCACAGUCUCCGUUUGAAAAAGAAAACUUUCUCGUAGCUAUGAGUGGCAUAAUGGGGUCUGUUCCUUCGGAGAUUGUGAUGCCGGAACUUCCUACUCUACUACCCCUUCUCUUACAAUCUUUGGACAUCGCAGACCAAACGGUCAAGCUUGCCACGUUGGGAACACUUGCAGUUGUUAUAUCGAACAACCCUUCUGCACUCGAAGAAAGCGGACAUAUUCCCGCAUUAGUGAAGCGGCUCAUCGCUGUGGCGACGGUGACGAAAUCUAAGGCAGGCAUUCUUCCGAAAGCAGCACCGCAAGGUAAGGGGUAUGAGCCCUUGCCAUCAGCGAACCUACCAAAAACCCGUCGGCUGGCAGCACGUUGCCUCACUUUAAUGCCAAAAUAUAUCUCAACAAGUGCAUCACGAGCCAAUCCUCUCAUCGCACUCAAACGCGAAGUCCUGCAUGGUCUGACGAAUAUUUUGGACGAUCCGAAGCGCGAUGUAAGGAAGGAAGCUGUUGAUGCUAGAGCAGCAUGGUUGAGAGAAGUUGAUGAUGUAAAUGAUGACGAUGCAUAG